CAAUAGGUGUGUUUGUUUCUCAGAGUGGAUCUGGAAGCUGUAAUCUGAGCUCCAAGGUAGACUAAUCACCAGGUCCAGCCUUGCUAGGAUUUCCUAUAGGGAUUAACACUUGAUCUAGUUAGGUUCUUAUGUAGAGGUAACGUCAACCGUUGAGAGAACAGAGCAGAGAGGCAGCCACUAGACACACAGAUUAGUUAGUGUAAAGAAACUGUGAGAACACAUCUUAGGUGUAUUAGGACACAUCAAAGUAUGCAACUUCCUGCAUGCUGGACAUAUAAUUGAAUAUUCACGAUUUGAUAGUCAGUCAAUUUGGAGGACAUUAUAUAGACAUUAUUAAUUCUGUCUGAUUCUAUGGAGACUAAUAUUUUGAACAGAAACAAUAACAACUAGAAACCAGAAAGGAAGCUGAAGAUAACACUCAGAAAGAUUCUAAGGAAAACAUGCAACUUGAUGCCAGAGAGUCUGAUGUAACAAUUGAUGAAUGCCAUGACAACAAUGAAUUAACAGAUCACCAUGACAACCACCCAUCUCCCGUAUCUAACACACAUAAACCACAAAAACAUAUUCUAGCAGAUACCACUGAAAGCGAACAACGUGAGGACACUAACGAUUUAAAUAAACAUUCCCUAACAAGUGAACAAACAAACGCAACUAUGGAUACCAAUAAGAGCACACAGAAUGAUGAUGAACUCACCAAGACUACACAAGAGGAAGGUCAGGAGAAUGCCAACAGGGCUUCUGCCCCACAGAGUGAAGAGGAAAAGAUUCAGGAACUGAUGGGAAGGUCAGAUACUGCAGUGAUCUACCCUGAGCCCGUUGAUGAUGAGGGCAGAGACAAUGAACAAGGCCCAGCAACUCCUGAUCACAUCAAUACAGACAACAUAGAAGAUGGGUGUGAUGAGGUGAAGUGCCCACACUGUGAGAGAGUCCUAGAUGAUCCAAUACUCCUCAAGUCACAUAUUGUGUCUGCCCACCCUGACCAGACUCCCGUGUUUGUCUGUCCUCGUUGUAACGCCCAAUUCCUCCUGAAGUCACAGCUAGAGAAACAUAAUCUCUACCACUCCCCGACUGUCCAAAUAUGUAAAAUCUGCAACAAGUCAUUCGCCAAUGUGUAUCGUCUUCAGCGCCAUAUGAUCUGUCACGAAGAAAGUAACGAGCUCCGUAAGUUCAAAUGUUUGGAAUGUGGAAAGGCCUUCAAGUUCAAGCACCACCUUAAAGAACAUGUUCGCAUUCACAGCGGAGAGAAACCUUUUCAGUGUAAUAAUUGCGGGAAACGCUUCAGUCAUUCUGGGUCUUACAGUAGUCACAUGACUUCUAAGAAGUGCUGGGUGGUGGGACCCAGAGCUAGAGGGAGAACCCCAGAGGGAUCCCCAGCCAAGGAGAUCUCCGCUAAUUCUCCAUCUCCAGCUAGAAUUCCGAGCACAACUAGCUUCAUGACUCCUACUUCCGGCUUCAUGUCAUCACCGACCGCCUCAACGCCAUUUCUUCCAUUCUUACCCAGGCCAUUCCCACCAAUAGGUGGCAGUCUUCCAUACAUGCCAUUCAGUAACUUCACAGGUGGUCUCCUGAACCCCAUGCACCCCAUCAACACCAUAAGUCCAGGUUUCAUCCAGAAGAUGACAGCUGCCUAUAGCUUGGCUAGUAUGGGGGUAGGAGGUACCCAGGUAUCUCCCAUUGCUGGACAGCUCCCCUCCAUGCAGAGGAUGAUGUCUCCUGGUAGAGCCAACACUCCCCACACUCCUCAAUCUCCAAGCAGUGCACAGUUCAACAACCCUGCAGCUUCCCCCAGAACAGAUGAGGGACACAGCACUGAUAAUGCAUCCAAUGUUAACCAUAGCACACCUACAGAGAAGUACAAUAACCAGUCUUCCACAGAGAACCCACAGUCUUCCACAGAGAACAAACAGUCUUCCAUAGAUGCCAAAUCUAAAGAGACAAACGAGACUUCCAGUGACAACAAUAUCACUAGUCCUUCCAAAGAUAAACCCAGUGAUAGUGCAGACAGCAACAAGGAGAAUGAUGCUGACAGUGAUGAGUACCAUAAAGAUGAAUCCAAGAACAGUGCAGAUAGCUACAGUGCUGUUAAGAAAGUCCUUGAAACAGUCCACGCUACGGUGUCUAAUCAACAACAGACCGGGGAAGAUAAAUCUGCCAUCAGUCGUCUGGGAAAAGCUGAUGGCCAACUGAACACAAAAGAAGAUUUAGUUCAGAGAAUACAUGAGAGAGUAGAGGAAAUCAGUCGUGUGAAUGCCAGCCAAGACCAGAAGUGCCGCCAUUGUUGUGAUACAUUCUCCAACCCUAUUGAGCUACAUCAACAUGAGCGCUAUCUAUGUAAACUAAAUAGAGACAUCUAUGGUGUGUCCGAUGGAGUCGACUCACCCACAGGGGCAGCCUCUCCCAGUGUUCACAGCAUGGACACCGACAGAUCAAACAUUGACACUGAUGAUGAAUGCAGUGACGCAAUGGAGCCAGAUGAACUUGAUAAGGAUGGGAGAUCAAGAUUUAGAUCACGUUCAAUGAUUAAUGACCAUCAGCUAGAGAUUCUGAAAUCUCACUACAAGAUUAAUCCCAGGCCACGAAAGUUUGAGUUGAUUCGUAUUGGGAAUGAGAUCAACUUCCCUAAGAGGGUUGUACAAGUGUGGUUCCAGAAUAUGAGAGCUAGAGACAGAAAGAAGGGCAAAGAUGUACCAUAUUUCCCAACAAUGGCACGUUUUAAGAAUAGGGACCAACCUCCAAGCAACACUCCCCCAAGGGCUACUUCAGAUGGUAAAUCUGCACCUUACAUUCCUAUUGUUCCCCGACCAUUCAGUAACAUGUCAGUGUACACAAGCCAGCCUACACCUACACCAGGGGUGCUUCCCACAUACUACCACUCCCCUGCAGGUCCUGUGUCCUCACAAGAAGAACCCCUUGACCUGUCAAUUAACAAGAGCAGCUCUUCCCCUGAUAAUACCCCAAGGCCUAGUCCCACUCACUCCCAUGAAGAUACAAGUAGCCCCCUGAAUCUCAGCAUUAAGAGAUCAUCAAGUGACCGCCCUAUGGAAAACUCCAACAUCUACCGAUAUAUGCAUCAAGAAGGUCUUAUAUCUCCUCGCUCCUUCAACAUGGCAAAGCUGAGUGGCUACCCUCAUAUAGACAACAAUGGUAACCUAUGCUCCAAGAUGAACCUCCUCCAGGAAGACCUACAGAGGUCCUCUACUCCCGGAAGCUCUAUCUCAUCACGCUGCAGCUCAAAGGAUGACAGUGUCCUCAACUGCAGCUUUGGGUCGUCCAUCUCCAACAGUCUCAUUGACUUCCACAUGAGUGCAGAGGCCAAUAGACGCAACAGAAAGAAAACAUGGAAACAGAUGGAGGCUGAACAAAUGCAUUUGACUGAUGAUACAGAUGACAACUUGAUCGUUGAUGAGGAGGGUAACUUUGUGCCCCGUAAGAAGCGCAAGUCGUGGAAACAACACAAGAUUGACAUAGAAGAGCAGGGGAUGUAUGCUUGUGACCAGUGCGAGAAGAUGUUCAACAAGCAAAGCUCUCUGGCAAGGCAUAAAUAUGAGCAUUCUGGAGCCCGUCCGUUUCCCUGCGAUAUCUGCCCAAAGGCAUUCAAACAUAAGCACCAUCUAGUGGAACACAAGAGACUUCACUCUGGCGAAAAACCAUUCGUAUGUCGUAAAUGUGGGAAACGCUUUAGUCACUCUGGCUCUUUCAGUCAACAUAUGAACCAUCGAUAUAAAUACUGCAAACCACUUAUCAAUGGGAAUGACACAGACUGAACCGUACACAGCUGCCAUCUUUUAAACAUUCAAAACUUCAUUCCGACAUAGAAAAUUACAUUUUGAAUUACAUGAUCCAGAUAUUCCAGUGUCCAGUUUUGCAAAACACAAUGUACCAUUCCAUAGAAUAAUGGUAUGAAACAUUCCACAGAUAGAAACUAUUUUUGCAAAGAGAAUUUCCAUAAUAUGUGUGUUGAUAUAUAUGUAUAUAGCAAGCUGCAUAGAGGGAGCCAGAAUCAAGAGUUGCCAUGACAACAAUCUGUAGGGAAGUAGUUUAAAUGUGACAUCAUAUCCUGCACAGCUGUUUUAUAUUGCACAGCUUGUUUGAUAUGUAACUAAGCUGAGUAUAAUGUAUAGCUUCAGUAUUAUAAGUCAUUUAAAUUGACUGAAAUUAUUUUUUGUGUUGUAAAUAUUUACAAAAAAUCUCAGUUUAUAUAUUUACUUUAUAAACUUUACCAUAUUAGUACCCAUGAAUACUCAUUUAUUUAGUUCAGUAUUCAAGUACAUGUACAGUGUACGUUAUAAUGCAUGACAUUUUAAACAAUAUCGGCUGAGUCCAAUAUUCUUGCCUUUGUGUUAAAGAUAACCCAUGACGCAUGGGAAAUAUAGACCUUGUUUUAUAGUGUACAUAGGAUUUCAAUAUGAAAUGAGGCCUGCUAGAAAAUGUGCCUCAAAUAAGUCAAUCGCAUCAUCUUCAGUAUUUCAUGUUGUGUUAUCUAUCACCAGUGACCUUGUAACAAAAAAAUAACCUGAAAUUCAGUUUCCAAUUGUUCCCAUUUAGAAGAUCUGUUUUCAGUUUCUUCAUAAAUUGAUCACAUACAGAAAUAUUAGCUAAUUUCGAUUGAUUGUUUUGAGAUAAUAUUUUUAGUGGUCUGUUUUUUAUAUGAAAUUUAUUAUUAGUUGUUUAUAUCUAGUCUUAGAGGGAAACAGUGAUGCCAAUGUGCCAAAUUAUGUACAGAAUGAUUGUUUCAUGAUAUUAUUAUGUAUAUUGCAUAGAAUGGCAAUACUAUAUGCAUUGUUAAAUGUAUUGCAAUAGCUUCAUUUGUUGAUACAAAGCUGUGUUCUUUGCUUGCAAGCUAAUGUGCAAUUUAUUUAUGCACACAGUGUAAUUUUAACUUGUCAUGUGUUCUCAAAGGUCCAUGUGCAGUAUGGCAAGUAAUUUUAGACAGUCAUAUGUUUCACCAUGAGUACUUUCUUGGUCUAAAUACAGUGGUUUUUAUUAAAACAAUAUGUUUUCUUUUAAGUGAAGUCACCGGCC